CUGGCGGUGUAUGGUUUGUGGUUGUGUUAGGUCUCGCUCUGUUGUCAAUAUCACACUCCGAAUGCAUUAAUGCGAAGCGAUGGGAAUCCUGCAGUCAUGUCUACUAAAGGAACUGCUUUAACGCUAAUUGUUCUGUCCGUCCUGAUAGCGAUUGGUAAUGCUCUGAGGUGUAACUGCACCAACUGCGAGAGCAACGGCUAUGAGUGUGAGACGGACGGGGCCUGCAUGGCCUCCACAUCCAACAUCGGCGGCGUGGAGCAGCACGUGCGCAUCUGCAUCUCGCGCGACAACCUCAUGCCGCCGGGGCAGCCCUUCUACUGCCUGAGCGCCGAGGGCUACCUCAACACGCACUGCUGCUACACCGACUACUGCAACAGCGUCGACCUCCAGAUGCCCACAGUGCCGGAGCAGGAGCGCGCCCUAAGCAGUUGGGGGCCGGUGGAGCUGGUGGCGGUGAUCGCCGGGCCCAUCAUCCUGGUGUGCCUGCUGCUGAUCGUGGGCGUGCUGCUCUUCCAGCACCACCAGCGCACCUACAACCACCGGCAGCGGCUGGACGUGGAGGACCCGUCCUGCGACCACCUCUACCUCGCCAAGGACAAGACGCUGCAGGACCUCAUCUUUGAUAUGUCCACCUCUGGCUCUGGCUCAGGCCUCCCCCUGUUCGUGCAGAGGACGGUGGCCAGGACCAUUGUCCUGCAGGAGAUCAUUGGGAAGGGGCGCUUCGGCGAGGUCUGGCGGGGCAAGUGGCGAGGCGGUGAUGUGGCCGUCAAGAUCUUCUCUUCGCGUGAGGAGCGCUCCUGGUUCCGCGAGGCGGAGAUCUACCAGACCAUCAUGCUCCGGCACGAGAACAUCCUGGGCUUUAUCGCCGCAGACAACAAGGACAAUGGUACAUGGACACAGCUGUGGCUGGUGUCGGACUACCACGAGCAUGGCUCACUCUUUGACUACUUGAAUCACUACUCGGUCACCAUCGAGGGCAUGAUAAAGCUGGCGCUGUCUGCGGCCAGUGGACUGGCCCACCUGCACAUGGAGAUCCUGGGCACACAGGGAAAGCCUGGUAUAGCACACCGUGACCUCAAGUCAAAGAAUAUCCUGGUGAAGAAGAACGCCACUUGUGCCAUCGCUGACCUGGGACUGGCAGUGAGGCACGAGUCAUCCACUGACACCAUUGAUAUCGCACCCAAUCAGAGAGUGGGCACGAAGAGAUAUAUGGCUCCAGAGGUUUUGGAUGAGACCAUCAAUAUGAAGCACUUUGAUUCGUUCAAGUGUGCUGACAUCUAUGCCCUGGGUCUUGUAUACUGGGAGAUAGCGAGGCGCUGCAAUGCUGGAGGUAUUCAUGAAGAGUACCAGCUGCCCUACUACGACCUGGUGCCCUCGGAUCCGUCCAUCGAGGAGAUGAGGAAGGUGGUGUGUGACCAGAGACUGCGGCCCAAUGUGCCCAACUGGUGGCAGAGCUAUGAGGCACUGCGAGUAAUGGGGAAGAUCAUGCGGGAGUGCUGGUACUCGAAUGGUGCGGCGAGGCUGACGGCCCUGCGCAUCAAAAAAACCCUGUCCCAGCUUAGUGUCCAGGAAGACGUGAAGAUGUGAGACGCACUCGGAAGGCGGUCCGGACCGGCUUCGCCUGCAGGACACUUCCACAGAGACGCACCAACCGAGCCGAGAGCGCACAGACUCUGAACUGGGAGAGUGGGAGUGAAAAAGAAAAGACAGAGUGAAAGAUUUAUUUUAUGGAAAAAAAAAAAGACCCUGCCAGUUUUUUCAAAGCCACACUUCUGUGUUGUAAAGAGGUCUACCUCACCUUUUUUAGCCCAAACUACUGAAUCUAGCAGUUUCGCCACCUCCACCUCCACCUCCACCUCCAACUCCAGCCCAGCACUACCAACCCUCCAUGUGCACACCAUCCCCUUCUUUCAGGAUCCGUCCGACUCUGAAGCCACUCCACCCACCGGCUGACCACUCCCUACAUCCUCCCCCUCCUCCCCGCACACCUGGGCCUCCUGUCCCUGAAGCGGAGGGCCCCCUGCUCCUCAUCCACUGCACUCCUCAACCUUCUCCGCCCAGUGUUUGUGGAUCCCUUAUUUUGUGUUUAAUGGGUUUUCUUUUCUGCGCAUGUCAUGGCAGUAACUACUAAUGUACAGUGAAUCGCUGUUUGUUUUAAAAAUUCUCUUACAGUUCGAAACCUUGCCACUCCUUUAUUUGAUCUCCCUGCCAUUUUCUAGUAAUGGGACUAUGUGAGAGACAUUUAAGACAAACGGUUGUAGCUCUACACUACAAUUCAGACCUAAAAAGUUUGUCCACAGUUAUAUGGGUUCUUUUUUCCUCCACUUUUUUUCCUCAUACCAUGUUAUGCGCUACUGCAGUUGUAGAGAAUGUGAAGGAAAAAAGGCAGACACCCUUUCCUUUUUGAGGUCUGAUGCAUUACAAUAGCAUAGGCAGGGAUGUAGCAAGCCUUGAUGUCUGUGACUGUGUUCAAGUGUGUAUGUGAAUAUAUAUGUAUAUAGACUUCGUAUUAUAGCUCUGAUGUAAUAUUUAAAAUUGCAGGAGGGGUUAGGGGUAUACUACACACAUGUGCUUGGAAAGACCUUCUGUGUGAGAGGACCUUCCAUAUGGCAAUGUAUUAAUCAGGCUACAGCUUAUGGCCUCCUUACACCAAACAACUUUGACAAGAUUUGGGAAAGAUUCUUGAAAGAUUGGAGUCUUUUGAGGAAAGCUUGAAAGGGGGGCAUUAGUUAAAAAAGUACAAUCUUUCAAAAAUCUUUCCCAAAUCUGUGGUUUGGACUGUUUGGGUUGUGGUUUGGACUGUUUGGGUUCAAUCCCAGUCACAGCACUACAAUGCUGCAAACAGUGUGGCUGUGCACGUGUGUCUGAAUGAUUUUAUUGUGAUUUGAAUCAAUAAGGAUCAAUCUCUUGAUGUGGUCCAUGAUUUGUUUUCUUGGACUUUUAUUUUGUUCAAUGUUUUGUGGGUGAUUUUACAUUUUAUUUAUUUGUUAAUAUUUUAUAUAUAGUUUUUUUUUUUUUUUUUUUUUUCUCUUCGUUCACUGUGAUGUGUUAAUCAGGGGAGUAUUGUCAGUGGAGCCCAGGUCACUGUCAAACAAUGGCUGAUAGAAGUGACAGAAGUCAGAUAAUCAAACCUGCGUGAUCUGCUGGAGAGCCAUACACUGAGAAACUGACAUUUUAGGGAAGGGGAAUUACUAUGUCUGCACUGUCUUGUAAUGAGAAAGAAAGUGUGUUCAUACUUUGGUUUCUGAUUUAAGUAGAUUUUUAAAUUCCUUUUUUUUUUUUUUAAUAAUAUCUGGAAAUCAUCCUUUAUGACAAUCUUUGAUGGAACUGACGUCUGUGGUUUCACAUACUGAUUCUGUUGUCUGGGCACUGUGAGAUGUCUUUGGAAAUAAGGUUGAUUGAAUAAGAACUGAAUGCUGGUUCACCACUUAGUUCAUGCAUUAUGUAUAUUUGUAUUGUAAAGUAUUGCAUCUUUUAGCUAAUCAAUAUCACUUGUUUAUAAUCAACUACUCCAAAUAUACCUUUUUUUUUCUACUGUUUGUAUUUUUAGCUUUCCAAACAAACUUGAAGGUACUACUGAUCUAAACUACUACUCUGCCUCCUGUUGCUGUCCAUUUGUUGUCAUUUGGAGCCAUGACCUGUAGUAAAGACAUUUUUACUUGCACAGUUAGUUAGAUUCUUCUUUCAUUUAAAACUGCUUGGGCUGCUGGUCACGCAUGGAAGUAUUAAGUCCAUGUAAGUAGGUCUCCAACCAUCCAAUAAAACGCUCAUUCCUGUUGUGAAUCACCACCAAUGUCCUGUUCUUGUAGAGGUGAGGGGUCCCGAUUCCCAGCACUGGGACAGCUGGGAGUUCUGCAUUGGUGUCCGGUGUUCCUUGGCUGAGCUACUCUGACCUCCAUGAAUACCCCCUCAUGCCAUUCUGUUUAUGAAUGUCAAACAUCAGUUGGUUACCUCAUAUGACCCUUUAAAAAACCCUUGAAGUGGUCAUUAUUAGGUGCAAAAUAUUUGACAAUUAAUGUUUGGUGUCCACAUUAUGUGGAGCCUGAAGACAUUUGGGGGACAGGAUUUCGGUGCAUUGACUGUUCCUUUCACUUGAACUGAAACACUAAAUGUGACUGCUCAUUUGAAAUAUGGUGCUCUGCAUAAACAAAAACACUGGGUUAUAAAUAUUUGCCUAAAGAAUGAUCUGAGAUGCAGGUGAGUGUAGAGUAAACUUGUCCUGUUAUUUAGGUCGAACUUGUUGUCAGUGUCGUCUGUGUGUUCAGAACACACCUGGAGGUGUUGUGGUGAGAGGUGUGUACCACACAGGGUGUGAGGGGAUCCAGGGAAGCUGGCACAGUUUGGCUGAUCCGCUGUUGUUUAGCGAGAGUCAACUUGGCAUGAUGUAAACCAAAUGUCAAACAUGAUUGUACAUGUUUGGUGUGUCAACAUGUGACUAAUGCCGUUCAGAUUCUUUGGAUGACAUUCUGCGCCUGUGUUGACAAAGUUGAGUUAUUAGUCAAACCCGUCAGCCAUGUCAAAAACGCAAGUUUUUUCAGGAUUAGUUUGAAUAUGUGUAUUCGAAUGAUGCAUUAAUAAACAUUUACUUUCUAA